UUUUACAACUGCUGUAACUUCAAAGACAAAGUUUGUUUUAAUUUUUCGUUCCGGAUGAUAUUGCUGUUUCGGCGUAAAAAUUAAAACUAAUUUGUAGGAUAUAUUUUGUUGUAAGAACAAAAAGAUAUAAUGGCAGUUCCGGAUUAUAAACUAAGCACAGUCCUUUCCGGGCACUCCAUGGACGUACGAUGUGUUUCUGCAACUAAAGAUUAUUGCAUAUUAUCGGCUUCACGGGAUAGAACAGCUAAGUUGUGGCAUCCAGAAGGCGUAAAAAGCUAUGUCAAUGUAGUAACUUACAAGGGGCACAGUAAUUUUGUUUCCUGUGUUUGCUGGCUUCCACCGUGUGAAGCGUUUCCUGAAGGAUUGGUAAUAACUGGAAGCAAUGAUAACACGAUUCUAGGUUAUAAUCUACUAGAUGGAGCAGUUCAGAUUAAUUUAAAGGGCCAUGAUAAUGCUGUUUGCAGUGUCACACCGGGUCGAGAUUCAGGAAUUUUAUUAAGUUCUAGUUGGGAUAGUACUGGAAGAGUAUGGAACAUUAAUUCUCCUCAAAUGGCUCCCAUUGUGUUGAAGGGUCACCAAGCAGCAGUGUGGUCACUUGUGGAACUAGCUAAUGGCACAUAUGCUACAGCAUCAGCUGAUAAAAGUAUCAAGUUAUGGAGGAAGGAUGGUGGCUUAUUAAGCACAUUAACAGGUCACACUGACUGUGUUCGUAGUUUGGCUGUGUCCAGUAAUGAGACUUUUCUCAGCUGCGCAAAUGAUGCUUCAAUAAAAUUAUGGACAAAUAAGGGUGAAUGUCUUAACACUUAUUAUGGCCAUACUAACUACAUAUACAGCAUUAGUAUAUAUCCAGGUGUGGAACAUAGUUUUGCUAGUUGUGGUGAGGAUGGCAGUGUUCGAAUAUGGGCCCGAGGUGAUUGUAUUAGAGAAUUAAGACUGCCUGUCCAAUCUGUAUGGAGUGUAGUUUGUUUGGAAAAUGGUGAUAUUGUUACUGGUUCAAGUGAUGGUCUUGUAAGGGUGUUCACAAAAGACCCUUCACGGUUUGCUGAUGAAGCUACAUUAAAACUGUUUGACGAAGAAGUGGAGAAAAUGCUCCUUUCCUCCCAACAGGACUUUGGUGGAUUUAAACUCUCCGAAUUACCAGGCCCUGAAGCUCUCUUGGAUCCCGGUAAAUCAGACGGUCAGACAAAAUUGGUAAGACGAGGAACCAAUGUCAAAUGCUACUCUUGGAGUGCUACGGAGAACACUUGGAAUGAGAUUGGAGAUGUCAUGGGAGCUAAGCCGGCCAGCGAGGGGAAGACUAUGUACCAAGGGAAGGAAUAUGACUUUGUAUUCAGCGUGGAUAUUAAAGAUGGCGCGCCUGCACUCAAGUUGCCUUUUAACAAGACUGAAGAUCCUUGGGUCGCUGCACAAAGUUUCAUACAUAAAAAUGAUCUUCCGCAAGUGUACUUAGAGCAAGUAGCAAACUUCAUAAUAUCAAAUGCCAAAUUAGACUCCAUACCGGCUCCUACUAAUAAUGGUUAUGCAGACCCAUUCACGGGGGAGUCCCGGUACGUCCCAGGGUCCACGGUCCCUGGUCUUCCGCCACCGUCAUCAUCCGACCCCUUCACCGGAUCCGGGGCUUAUACGACGGCCAGUGCAUCCAUAACGUCUACAGACAAACCGCUGAUACCACACGACUCUUAUAUCAGAUUUGACCAAGGCAAUUUAAAAGCGAUUUACGAUAAAUUAAAGGAAUUCAAUAGUAAGGUCGGGGAUAGUCUCAGCACAUUCUCUGAAGCUCAACUAGAAGACGUCGUCAAGUUAGGAGAAGUGAAUUGUACAUACAAUCCUGAAACUAUAACUUCGUUAAAGAAAAUGCUGGAGUGGCCAAAAGAAAUUCUGUUCCCCGUAUUGGAUGUGACCAGACUAGCUGUCAGAAACAAAGAUAUAAACGGGGUCAUGUUUGAUACUAUGUAUGGACCAACAUUUGUUAAAUACCUUUUGUCAUUAUUAUCUCCGGAUAAUAUAGCAGCGAACCAAAUGUUGGCCAUGCGUGUACUAGUGAACGCAUUCAGUGAUCUUCCUGGCGAAAUGUUGGUGCUCGCUGCCAGAGAGAGCGUCGUGCAUUCGAUCAUCUGUCUCCCUCAAUUGAGUAGCGGCGCCCAGAUCGCGGCAGCAUCUUUACUUCUUAACCUAUCAGUGGCACUCGGUCAACAAACGGAUACUGUAGAACUGGUGGACUGUAUAAUACAUCUGCUUAAUAGAAUUGCUGAUAAGGAGGCUUAUUUCAGAGGUAUAGUUGCUCUGGGAACACUUUUGGCUGAAUCUCCAAACAAAGUGAUGAUUCAAUCUAAGAUCGUCUCAAACUCGACUCUACACAACAGAAUGAAAACUGAUAGUACGGCAGAUCCUAACAAUAAAAUCAAUAUUUGCUCACAACAAAUGCUGAGAAUGUUAUGAAAAUAUAUGUAAUUCAUUAAUGGUUUUUUUUUAAAUUAGAAUCACAGAAAUUUUUAUUGGUUUUUGUGUUAUCCAAAUUAACCGUAGCCUUAUAUUUGAAUUGUAACCAUGACUUUAGGCAAACAACAUAGUUUUAGCAAGACUGUUUCAUUAUCACUUCCAAUUAUAAUUGUAAUGAUUAUUUUUUGCACAAAAAUAUUGGUCAUGGCAACCCUUAGCUUUUAUUUGCCUUAAAUAAUUUUUAAACGUAAUUUGUUAGAAUUAAAGGCCGGAUUAAGCAUCCAAAAGCUUCAUUAUUGGGUGGAUUAUGCCAUUACAAAUAUUUCUUUUCUUUUACUUGAUACAGAAAAUCAGUAAAUACAUUUUUAGUGAUAGAUAUCUAUUUAUCAUAGAGUAAAUUAAUGAAAAAUAUAACAAAUAUGCAUAACUACUAACUAUUUAUGUUAUUACAGUAGCUUCGUAGUAUUCAUUUUGAUUUAUUUAUUUUAGUACAUUUAACAUUAUAAUCUGGUCAACUUCAAGAUUUUAUUACUACAAAAGUUUGAUUAUACUUGUUUGUGAACUGAUUUGUAUUGGUAUGUAUUUUGAGUCUUGCUUUAAACAGUCUUUAAGUUUCAAUUUCUUUAUCUGCAUAUGUUUAUGUAAAACUGAAUAGUUGUUAAAUACUCUACUCGGGUUAUAGAAACUGUACACCAUUUAAGAUCUUUAAAUUAAAGUUUAAUUGCCUUGCCUUAGUUGAUUUAAAAUCAUACUGUAUAAUGGUGGAAUGGGUCUCAUAUUUUAACAUAUUAAUAUAUUAAAAACAAUACAUUUGGAAUGUAAAAAAGCAAUAUUGAAUAAUGAUUUAUUUCAUAAAUGAAUUUUAUACA